AUGCUUGAGGUAGGUCAGUGGAAUAGCAUGAGGAAUCUUUUUAAGAAGCUUCAUAGUGCGUCUAAUCAGCCAGAAAAUACAUCAGAAGGGGGAUCGACUUCAUCAAGAGGAAGUAGGUUGAGUUUGAGUGAGGCAGAAAGGCUUUUGCAGCCCAAGUCCAAUGACAGCAAACCCUUUUCAGGUCUUUCGAAUUGGUUGAAUUCGGUUACUAAUAGAAAGAGUCCUAGCCCGCCGUCUUCUUCGAAUGCGUCUAGAGGGGGAGAGAGGAUGAAGCCAUCUGAUUCAGUUUCCAGUAGUGCUGCUUCUGAUUUUGCAUCUUCUAAUGCAAUGGUGCGUGAUUCGGGCUCUGCAGCUUCUAGAGGUCUUGGUAAUGGUAAUAUGGAUGAAGAAUAUCAAAUACAACUGGCUUUAGAGAUGAGUGCAAUUGAGGAUCCCGAGGCAGCUCAAAUUGAAGCUGUCAAGCAGAUAAGCUUAGGCUCUUCUGAUCCUGAGAGCACUCCUGCUGAGGUUGUUGCUUACCGUUACUGGAAUUACAAUGCUCUAAGCUACGAUGACAAGAUCUUGGAUGGUUUUUAUGACUUGUAUGGAAUAUUGACCGAUUCCCAAUCGGACAGAAUGCCUUCCCUGGUUGAGUUGCAAGGAACACCAGUCACAGAAAGUAUUACUUGGGAGGCAGUGCUGGUUGACAGGACUGCUGAUGCAAAUCUGUUGAAACUUGAACAGAAGGCUCAAGGAAUUGCUGGCAAGUUGAGGUCAGAAUCUGUGGCUUUUGCAGAUAGCCAUUUAGUCAAGAAACUAGCCUCUUUAGUUUCUAACUACAUGGGGGGAUCAGUUGGAGAUCCUGAGAACAUGUCAAGAGCAUGGCGCCGUCUUAGCUACAGUUUGAAAGUAACACUAGGCAGCAUGGUUUUGCCCUUAGGAUCUUUAACAAUUGGAAUGGCUCGUCAUCGCGCACUGAUGUUUAAGGUUUUAGCUGAUAAUGUUGGCAUACCAAGUCGAUUGGUGAAAGGACAUCAGUUCACUGGUUCAGAUGAUGUGGUCAUGAACUUCGUGAAACUUGAUGAUGGGAGGGAGUACAUUAUUGAUUUGAUGGCAGAUCCUGGGACUCUGAUUCCUUCUGAUGCAGCUGGAUUAAACAUGGAGUAUGGUGACCUUUUCUUCUCUGCUAGCCCUUUGUCUAGAGAUAUCGACUCAUCUCAUCUGGCCUCCUCUAGUAGUGGAGUGGCAAGUUCUUCAGUCUCUGGGACCCUCGAAAGGAGAUCCAGGGGUAGAAACGACUCUACUGCUCCAAGUACUCGAAGUGACGAUGAUAAAGUUGAAGCUCAUGAAUCUUUGAACUCUAGGUUUCGAAUUAAAGGAAAUGAAGGAUCCAGGUCUGCCCCAGAUGAUAUUGCCAGAUCUUCUGGCAGGCAUAAUCUCCCUUAUGCACAUGCAAGAUCACCUUCAUGGACUGAAGGGAUAAGCUCUCCUGCAGCACGUAAGAAGAAAGUGAAAGAUGUCUCGAGAUACAUGAUUGAUGCUGCAAAAGAGAAUCCACAGUUGGCUCAGAAACUUCAUGAUGUGCUGGUAGAAAGUGGUGUUAAUGCACCACCUAGCUUGUUUACAGAAUUUGAGCAGUUGAGCCUGCCACCAACUGAGGGUAAGUCUGUGAUGGAAGAUGAUGAAGACCCGAAACAUAGAACUGGAACCCAGCAAAUGCAGGAUAACAAUGAUCCUGGGCCUGCUCGGUUUUUGCCACCUCUGCCUCACUAUAAAAUGCAAUCCCGAGCAACUUCGGCACAGUUAAGACUAUCAUCUCCGGAGACAGUAUCCAUGGUGGACGAGCCUAGUCCUGCUCGAUAUUUUCCGCUUCUGCCUCAGUACAAGGGACAUUCUAAUGCAACUUCUUAUGCUCAGGGUCAAACCGAGCAACGUAACCAUCCUUUCGUUAUGUCAUCAGAGUGUGAUGCAAGUCCUGGGAAAUAUGUGGAAAAUGUUCCUGUUGCAGCUGCAGCAGCAGCUGCAGCAGCGGUUGUUGCAUCUUCUAUGAUGGUUGCUUGCUGCCCUGUCUCAAACUUGGAAUUGCCUGUUGCUGCUGCUGCAGCAGCUGUAGUGGCAACAACUGCUGCUGUCAGCAAGAAGCAGCACGAUCAUGGUGUAAGAAGUGAUGGAGAUACAGAUAGUACUGGCUAUGAGCAACGGGGAAGUGGGGAUCGGGGUAGUGGGGGCCGAGGUAGUGGGGGCCGGGGUAGUGGGGGCCAAGAACAUGAUGUCAUUUUGGUGAAUUUGGAAGGAGAGAGAAUAUCUGACAGAUCAACAGGUAAUGAUAGCCCGAGGCCAGAUAUUAAUCUUGAUGAUGUUGCAGAGUGUGAGAUACCUUGGGAAGAAAUUACCUUGGGCGAACGCAUUGGACUUGGAUCAUAUGGGGAAGUCUACCAUGGAGAGUGGCAUGGAACUGAAGUUGCGGUGAAGAGGUUCCUAAAUCAGGAUAUUUCUGGGGAAUCGUUAACAGAGUUUAAGAGCGAGGUUCAAAUCAUGAAGCGACUUAGGCAUCCCAACGUGGUUCUCUUCAUGGGAGCAGUGACACGUGCUCCUAAUCUUUCUAUUAUUACAGAGUUUCUUCCAAGAGGUAGCUUGUAUAGAUUACUUCACCGGCCUAACAACCAAUUGGAUGAGAGAAGGCGAUUGAGGAUGGCACUUGAUACAGCUCGGGGAAUGAAUUAUCUACACAACUGCACCCCAGUUGUUGUGCACCGUGAUUUGAAGUCUCCAAAUCUCUUGGUUGAUAAAAACUGGGUUGUGAAGGUAUGCGAUUUUGGUCUAUCGAGAAUGAAACACAGCACAUUUCUCUCUUCAAGGUCAGCUGCUGGAACUGCCGAGUGGAUGGCUCCAGAAGUGCUAAGGAACGAACCUUCAGACGAGAAGUGUGAUGUCUAUAGCUAUGGGGUCAUACUUUGGGAGCUAUGUACAAUGCAACAACCAUGGGGAGGAAUGAACCCUAUGCAGGUUGUUGGUGCUGUGGGGUUCCAACACCGACGACUUGAGAUUCCAAACGAUAUGGAUCCUGCAGUUGCAGAUAUUAUCCUGAGAUGCUGGCAGACUGAUCCGAAACUGAGGCCGACAUUUGGAGAGAUCAUGGCAGCUUUGAAGCCACUGCAGAAGCCUAUAACUGGCAGCGCGCAAGGGCAUAGGCAUGCUACAAGAGCUGUUGGAGCUGAGAGCAAGGGUCAAUCUCCACAAGGAGAAUAUCAGGCAGCAGGGUAG